AAAUCAAAUAUUUUAUAAUAAUUGAGUUAUGUUUCAUUAAAAUCGCCGAUUAAACAAAUAUUAACUCGUAAUUAAUACUAAUUAACCUGCCGAAAACUCGAUUGCAAUAUAAGUGCAAUAAAGUAAAUAAAAGGUGGUUACGUAACGAUAAUCGUCAUCGUAAUCUGUUCGUUAUACUCAAGUCUAAGGUUAAUAUGUAAAUACAAAGAUAGAGACCACAAGCAAGUCAUCGUUAUAUCAAUAAUAUAAUAGAAUAUCUAUAGACGUUGAUAUCCCCACCUAAAAGGCUUCCAAUCCCUGUUGUCAUUUUAUGAAGUGCGCGGCUUUAGUCAUUUGGUGAAAACUGUUACCUGGAAGAGGUUAAAGUUCUAAUAGAAGCUUUUCUCUUGUUCAUUUAAGUUCAUUAUCGAAUGAUGCGUUGACGUGUCAUGGCACCAAAUUACAGUAAAUACGUUACCAAAAACAAUGCUAUUUUAGCAGCCAGCGCGGCAACUUUAUUAUGGAUUUUAACCAAAAAGCGAAAAUCAAAAGGAGCUCUAAAGAAAUCAUCUGAUGUUGACCUCGAAGAUGAAGUAAAAUAUUUGAUUUCUGAUAAGAAAGAGACUGUCGCAAAAGCACAAGUAGAUAAACAAUUUUUGAAACAAAUUUCCGCAUUGAUUAAAAUUGCUGUACCAUCAUGGAGAUCACCAGAAGCCGGAUUAUUAUUCUUAAUUGCUGUGAGUUUGGUAGCAAGGUCAGCUUGCGAUAUUUGGAUGAUCAGUUAUGGAACUAUGAUAGAAAGCGCAAUAGUUUCAAGCAACAGAUCGUUAUUCAUGCGCCGCUUAUUCGUAUUUCUCUGCGCCAUGCCGAUAAUUUCGGUUGUAAAUAACACCCUAAAAUAUUCAAUAGGCGAAUUAAAAAUUCGUUUACGCAACAAUAUGACUCGCCGUCUUUACAAUGACUAUCUAAAAGGUUUCACCUAUUAUCGUAUGUCGAAUUUAGACAAUCGAAUCGCAAACGCUGAUCAACUUUUAACGACCGAUGUAGAUAAAUUCUGCGAAAGUAUAGCCGAGCUAUACUGUAACACUGCAAAACCAAUCUUGGAUAUUGGUAUUUACGUUUAUAGAUUAACAGCAACGUUAGGUGGAAGUACUCCAUUGGCGAUGUUGUCUUAUCUUCUUAUUUCUGGUGUGAUUUUAACUCAUUUAAGACGCCCUACAGGUAAAAUGACGGCGACAGAACAAAAAUUAGAAGGAGAAUAUAGACAUAUAAACGCUAGAUUGAUUACUUAUUCGGAAGAAGUAGCUUUUUAUAAUGGAAAUGAUCGCGAAAAGGUCACUUUAAUGGCUAGUUUUAAUAAGUUGCUGAAUCAUUUAAGAAAGUUUUUACAAUUUAGAGUAUUUAUGGGGGUUAUUGAUAAUAUCGUAGCGAAAUAUUUUGCCAGCGUUGUUGGUUUUUGGGUGGUUUCCAGACCGUUUUUAUCAACGGAUCAUGAGUUAUCUAAUAUGGGACAAAACGAACGUUCAAGAUUAUAUUAUACUUACGGAAGAAUGUUAGUUAAAUUGGCUGAGGCUAUAGGAAGGUUAGUUUUAGCUGGACGAGAAUUAACCCGUUUAGCAGGUUUUACAUCGCGCGUUACUCAAUUAAGAGAAGUUUUGGACGACUUAAACGCUGGAAAAUACAAAAGAACCAUGGUAAAAGGAUCGGAAAAUUUAAAUAUAAACGGUGGGAAAUUAAUUUUUAAAGAUAACGUUAUUAAAUUCGAUAAAGUUCCUUUAAUAACGCCCAAUGGAGACGUUUUAAUCAAAGAAUUAUCGUUUGAAGUACGUUCAGGAAUGAAUGUUUUAGUUUGUGGACCAAACGGAUCAGGAAAAUCAUCGUUAUUUAGAAUACUUGGUGAACUUUGGCCAUUAUUCGGCGGUGAAUUAACGAAACCUCCUAGAGGAAAACUAUUUUAUAUCCCUCAAAAACCUUACAUGACCUUGGGAAGUUUGAGAGAUCAAAUUAUUUAUCCACAUUCCAACGCAGACGCUAAAAAGCGCAAUGUCACCGAUGAGGAACUAAUUGGACAUUUAAAAUUGGUUCAACUUGAAUAUUUAUUGAAACGCGAACACGGUUUGGACGCGGUUGCCGAUUGGUUAGAUGUUUUAAGUGGUGGUGAAAAGCAAAGAAUUGCUAUGGCACGUCUAUUUUAUCAUGCUCCACAAUUUGCAAUUUUGGAUGAAUGUACAAGUGCGGUUUCUGUUGAUGUUGAAGGAAGUAUGUAUAAAUAUUGUAGGGAAGUUGGGAUUACAUUGUUUACAGUGUCCCACCGAAAAUCUUUGUGGCAACACCACGAACAUGUUUUGUAUUUAGACGGACGUGGAGAUUAUACUUUUAAACUUAUUGAUCCAACAACCGAAGAAUUUGGUUCAUAAGAUUUAAAUUAUUAAUUCAUUUUAACUAGCUAAUUUUAUUUUUAAUUUUAUUAUUGGAACCAAUUUGUUUUUAUCUUCGUUAAGUCAUUUUUAGUAAAUAAUUAAUAAAUUCAUUUCUAUGUAUAUUUUUGAAAUAUUUCAUACAAAAAGAACAAAUUAAAAUUUAUAUUUACACUUGAAAUAUAAUACAUUUGGUUGUGAUUUUGCAAUAAAAAAGAAAAUUAUUAA